AUGUCGCAACACACCAACCAAGAAUUCUAUGGCGGAACCAUGCGAGGCGUUGUCCCGCAAAGCUGGAUUGAUUCCAGCACCCUGCGCGAAGUGCCCGACCACCAAGAGCUCUUCCUCUCCUCUACCACGCUGUCCAGCCUGAUCAUUGAAAUCAACCAGCGCGUGCCACAGGAAGAAGCGCUCACCGCAAGCGCUAAGUUCAGCAACCGGCCAGCAGCCCCCAGUGGAAGUGCCACCUCUUUGCAAGUCGACCAUGCCGCUUGCCUGUACCACUUGCACGAUCUCUGCGACGAAGGCGACACCAUGAAGGUGAUCACGUCUCCGUCGAAGAUCGACGUCCACCUCGCUGCUUCGUCGCCUGACCCUGCUCCCAUCAAGGCAUACCGCGGCGUUGUCUCUUUCACUACCCCGAAGAAGGAUGCCGAGCCAGUCUCAGCUGGGGGUACGCCACCGUCAUCUCGUUUGACUUGCCAUUACCUUCUUGUGCGACUUGUGGCCCAGGAGACUGACCUGCUGGUCUUCUUCAAUGUCCCCCAUGAGGAGUUUGAAAAGAGCGGAGAUCCCAAGGGAUUGGCCGCUGAGGAGGCUCUUGCGGCGGAUACAAUCACCGCUUUGGUUGAAAAGUUGGAAAUCUGUGAUUGGGGACUUUUUGUUUAA